AUGUUCAAAUUCGUCGUUGUUAUCUUCGCCAUGAUUGCCUGUGCUGCUGCCAAGCCUGGUUUGGUAACUCCUUUGGCUUAUACCGCACCAGCUGCUGUUGUUGCUGCCGCCCCAGCUCCAUUUGUGACUGCCACCAGUAGCCAAUAUGUUGCCCGUAACUACAAUGGUAUUGCCACUGCUCCAGUUGUGGCUCCCGUUGUCGCUAAGACUGUUGCUGCUCCCAUUGUUGCCAAAACUUUCGCUGCCCCAGUCGCUGCUGCUUACACUACCCCAGUUGUUGCCAAAUACGCCGCCACCUAUGCUGCUCCUUUCGCUUACUCUGCUCCCUUGACAUAUGCUGCUGCUCCAGCCCCAGUUUUGUUUUAAAAACUUU